UAAAUUAAAAACCAGUUUUCAUGGUAAUUCUAUUUAUAGUAACAAAACAUGAUAACCAUUCUAACAGCACUUGCACAUCAGUGACAACUCAACUUUACACAAUUUAAGUGUUUUAUUAAAAUGGACUUACUUCGAGUGACGCCAGACGAAAGGGCCCAAAUUUUGGACGUCUACAAAAUUGGUGAAUCACAAAUUAAGCAAGACAUUGAAAUUAUCCAAACAUGGAAGUCUAAACGGCCACAUUUAGUGGCACCGUUAAGUGACGAUUUUAUUGAAAAACUGUUAAUAAAAAAUAAAUUCAGUGUUGAGCGGUGUAAAGAAAAGAUUGAAAAUUACUACACACUGCGUGGCGCAAAUUUAGAUUUGGUCGCAGAUUGGGAAAAAAUUGUUCCAUCCAAACUGGCGUUGACAUGUUUGCCGCUUCCCCAUGUAACCAAAGACUGUGAACGUAUUGUCAUAAUGCAGUUAAUAAACCCUGACCCUAAAGCCUAUGAUGCAGUAAAAACUUUGAAACUAACACUGGCCAUAAGCGAAUUAAUGUUACGAUAUGAUGGUAGUUUGGGAAUUCGAUUUUUGAUCGACUUCAAAGGCUUCACGUUAGCUCACUUGGCCACAUUGAAUCCGAUGGUUAUGUUACGGUACAAUAACAUGGUUGAGAAAGGGUACUCGCUCCGAAUUUUGGGCUUGGAAUUUGUCAACUGUCCCUCGUAUGUGAAUAAAAUUUCGGCACUGUUUAAAAUGUUUCUACGCCCGAAAAUAUACCAAAGGAUCAAAUUGCAUGAAAAUUUGGAUUCGCUUCAUGAAUCAAUCCCGAAAGAGUAUUUGCCGAUUGAAUAUGAGGGUACCAGGGGAAAUAUUUCUGAUUUGUUGGGCAAAUGGGAUUCCGAGAUGGAAAAACAACGAGACUUUUUAUCUCAGUGUUUAAAAAUUGUGUCAAAUGAAGAACUGCGACCACCUGAAAUGCAGGAAAAUGACAUGUUUGGGAUGGGAGGAACUUUCAAGACACUUUCGGUUGAUUAGUUGUUUUAUUUAUUUGUUUUGCACAAAAAAUAAACAUUUGUUUUCUA